AUGGUGCUUCUUAAAAAUAUAUUUGAUAUAUUUUGUAUAAUGGAAUGUUGCUCAGAUUAUUGGAUACCCAAUGAUAUAAAAGAACUUGAUUCACGUUUAAAAAGUCAAUUGAUAGGUCAACCACUUGCAUAUAAUCUUUUAUUAAGAUCAAUUAGUUCACAUGUAUCUAAUACAAAUCCGUCCAAAUCUCUGGUGCUUUCUUUGCAUGGCAGUACUGGAACAGGAAAAAAUUUUGUUGCAAAACAUAUUGUUGAAAGUCUUUAUCGACGAGGCUAUCAAAGUCAGUAUGUUCAACUGUAUGUUGUUUCACGUGAUUUUAUGCAUAAUGAUACAGAACAUAUUAUUCAAUACAAGAAUCGUUUAACAAAAAAUAUUGAAGAUAUCACUCGUGCAUGUCAACAAGCAAUAUUUAUUUUCGAUGAAAUCGAUCAAAUGCCUAAUCAAUUAUUAGAUGUUAUUCUCUAUUAUAUUGAUUUUCAUACUCCUACUAGAUCUCAACCCAUUGACUUUCGUAAAACGAUCUUUAUCUUUCUAAGUAAUACCGGUGGUGCAUCUAUAACUGAAUUAGCUAAUAAAAAUCAUUUAUCAUCAAUAAAACGCGAAGAUUAUGAUAUUUCUGAAUUUGAAAAAGUUCUUUCUACGACAUCGUAUAAUGAACAAGGUGGAUUACGGCAAGCAUCAAUUCUUGAUAGACAAUUAGUUACAUUUUUUGUUCCAUUUCUUCCACUUGAACGUGAACAUAUUCGUAGUUGUAUUGAACGGCAAUUAGAAAUAAAUCUUGAAAAUGAUGAUUUUGUAUAUGAAUUAUCUAAAAAUGAUAUUAUUAAUCGUGUUAUGAAUUUAAUUGAAUUUUCAACAUCAUCAUCAUCAUCAUCAUUAGAAUAUUCUGUAUCUGGUUAUGCAAUGAGUGGCAAACAGCAACAAAUUGAUACUUUAAAUAGUGAAAUACAAAUUUUACAAAAAAAAUUAGAUAGUAAAACAAAAGCAUUUGCAAUAUUAAUUAAUGAAUUAGAAACAUUAAAACAUGAACGUGAUCAAUUUAAAUCAUUGGCUGAUGGUUUACAAGAAAAAAGUGUACAACUUAAAAGACAAUUGAAUAAUAAGAACGACACUCUCAUUCCAUUUCAUCAUUCCACUGCUGUAUAUGAACAUCCAAAUGAUAAUGAAAAUAAUUUAUUUAAGGAAAGUGAGCCAACCAUUCAACUAUUAAAAUCUGCUUUAAAAAAUGUUCAAGAUGAAAAAGAAUUAUUACAAACUAAAAUUGAUGAACUUACACGAGAACUUAAUGAUGUCAAAGGGGAUUUAAUGAUUUUUCGUCAAAAACGUCAUCGAGCUCGUAAUAAUAGUAAUCAAAAUACAACAGAUGAUAAUUCUAAUUCAUCAAAUAAAGACACUAAUGAUCAACAAAAUAUUUUAUUAAAACAUUUAGAACAAGCAAAUGAAAGAAUAAAUCAACUUGAUAAUGAUUUAAAACUAAUUGUUUGUCAGAAGGAAGAACUUGAAAUUGAACGUGAUUCAUUCAAAACAAAAUAUUCUAAACUUAAUCAAGAAUUAAAUAAAAUGUUAAAUGGAAAUGAAAAACAUGUUAUUGAUAUCGAACAUAUUCUUUCAGAAAAUCGAUAUUUAAAAGUAAAAAUGAAUGAAUUAGUUCAAGAAAAAAAUUAUGCUUUAGCAAAUGCAUCGAAAUAUAAAGAUCUUUUACAAACUCAUCGUUCAGCAUAUAAUCGUUUAGGAAAGGUACAAUCAUCAGGAACUGUACUUACUCAUAAACAAGUACAAAAUCUUCUUAAACAAAGUUAUCUUGUUCCAGCUUCUCCUGAAAUAGAUAAUGAUUUAAGAUCAAUUGCUGAAGCUUUAUAUGAAAAUCUCAAGGAUAAAAAUGUUACUAUUACACAUCAACGAAAAACAAAUAAAGUAUUGGCUAAUCGUGUAGCUGAAUUAGAAAAACUACUAGCUGAAACUAGUUUCAGUUCAAAAUCCGAUCAAACAAAUACAUUAAUCAAUUUACUUGAUCGAACACCGACUCCACCUAUUCUCGAUAGUGCAACAUCACAAUUUAUAAACAGUCUUGAUGAUCAACAACAACAAAUUUCUCCAACUCAAAUAUUUAGUUUUUCAUCAUCAUGGGCAACUUCACCACCAUUAUCAAAUCGAGUAUCUGAUGAAGAUAUUACUAAUAAAAUAAAAGGAAUUAAACAUCAUACACCAACAUUAAUCAAGAGUACACUUGAAUGUCAUCAAUCAAGAAAAAUACGCAAUAAAUCGGAUAGUGUCGAUUUAGAAAUGGAUGAUCCAUUGCAAUCACCAACAUUAACAACAUCACUUGCUUAUUUAGAAGAAACAGAUUUAAUUCCACCACCAAAUCGAACAAUAUCUUUAACUGAACAGUUAACAUCAAAUCUCGAUGAUGAUGAUCAUGGCGCAAGUGGAGAUGAAAUUGAACAUUUACAUAAUCUUCUCAGUACAGUUACAUCUUCACUUUCAGAUAAGAAUAACGAUCGAUCACAAUCUACAAACGUAACAAAUUCAAAUUCAACAGCUGCUAAUCUUACAUGUUAA